AUGAGUACUCGUAAAGUUUCAUAUUUUUACGAAAAUGAAGUUGGUAACCAUUACUAUGGCCCAAACCAUCCAAUGAAACCACAUCGUAUGAGAAUGACCCAUGAUUUAGUUUUAAAUUAUGGUAUAUAUAAGAAAAUGUCAAUUUUUAGACCAAGAAAAGCAUCGGAUUUAGAACUUACAAAUUUUCAUUCAGAUGACUAUAUUAAUUUCUUAAAAUUAGUAACACCUGACAAUAUGCACGAUUAUUCAAAACAAUUAAUCAAAUUUAAUGUUAGAGAAGAUUGUCCAGUUUUUGAUGGAAUGUAUAAUUUUUGUCAAAUUUCAUCAGGUGGUUCAAUUGGAUGUGCAGUUAAAAUUAAUUCAAAAGAAUCUGAUGUUGCUAUCAAUUGGGCUGGUGGUUUACAUCAUGCUAAAAAAUCUGAAGCAUCUGGUUUCUGUUAUACAAAUGAUAUUGUUUUAUCAAUUUUAGAAUUAUUAAAACAUCACGAAAGAGUUUUAUAUAUCGAUAUUGAUAUUCAUCACGGUGAUGGUGUAGAGGAAGCAUUUUAUACAACUGAUAGAGUUAUGACUGUGUCAUUUCACAAGUAUGGAGAUUAUUUCCCAGGUACAGGUGAUGUUAAAGAUAUUGGUGCAGAUAAAGGCAAAUAUUAUUCAUUAAAUUUCCCAUUAAAAGACGGUAUCGAUGACGAAUCAUAUCAAAGUAUUUUUAGACCAAUCAUUCAAUCAGUUAUGGAUUUCUAUAGACCAGGUGCAGUAGUUAUUCAAUGUGGAGCAGAUUCACUUACUGGUGACAGACUUGGUUGUUUUAAUCUUACAUUAAGAGGUCACGCACAAUGUGUUGAAUUCCUCAAAUCAUUCAAUGUUCCAUUAGUAGUGUUGGGCGGUGGUGGCUAUACUAUCAAGAAUGUUGCACGUUGUUGGACCUACGAAACAUCAAUUUUAGUUGAUUCUGACCUUCAAGAUGAAUUGCCAUACAAUGACUAUCUUGAAUAUUACGGCCCAGAAUACAGACUCCACAUCACUCCAAACAAUAUGGAAAAUCACAACACCAAACAGUAUUUAGAGAAAUUAAAAAUUCAACUUUUAGAAAACUUAAGAAAUUUACAACAUGCACCAGGUGUUGCCCAUCACGAUAUUCCUCCUGAUGCUUAUAAUUAUUCUGAUGAUGAAGAUGACGAAGACCCAGAUAUUAGAGUCUCUGAAGCUGAUCGUGAUAAACGUAUAGCUCAUGCCGGCGAGCUAUCAGAUUCUGACGACGAAGAUGGCAGAAGAAAUGAAAUGAAUCAUGGUUUAGAAGCAUCAAUUCCACAAAGAAGAAAUCAAGUUCCAAUUACAGCAUAUGAUAAGGAAAGACCAUCAUAUAAUAAUAGAAAUCACCAUAAUGUAGACGAUGAUGUAGAUGUUGAAAUGGAUUCAGGUUAA